AUGACCGCCUCUGCACCCGCACCUCCUUCCCCCCACGAACCCGAACCCGCACUCGGUCUGCCAAUCCCCGUGUGCGACGCCCACACACACGCCCGCCUUCCCUGCAGCCCACCCGCACCCCGAAAUGUCCCCUCUGCCCACGCUGGCUCCUUGCCGGCGUAUCAGCAUCUAUCAGGAUUCACCCUCCAGAUCUCCGCCCGCAAUCGCUGCAUCCGCGGCGCGGCGACUCCAGCCAGUCAGCUGUCCGUCCCGCCGCCGGCACCACCGCUCAUACCUGCCUCGUUCGUUACAUCUGCUCAGAUCGCCCGCGACGCCGGCGUGCCCUCCAAGAUGCACCACCGCACUCCCGUCGACGCUCACCGGUUAGCUCACCGAGGAUGGCCCCCGUCGCUCGACUACCCCGCACGGUCCCCCCGAAUCCCUUGCAGAUUCUCCCCCCCCGUAUGUGCACAGGCGUCCGGUGCCUUCCUAUCGCCAGGGCUCAAAGCUGCGGCCGCCGCACAGUCGCACCAGGCUGGGGCGCCGCCGUCCGGCGUGCGCCCGCUGCCAGACCUGCGCGGUGCCGCACGCGCCCCGCUGCGCACGCUCUGA